AAAAAGGAGAAAAAUUUAAAUUUUAUUUUAAAUUAUAAAAAUAUAAUAAAUAAUUAAAAAAAAUAUAUAUAAAAAUAAAUUACUUGUCUUCUAAGCCAUGGAAGCUGCUAUACCCAUCAACAAUGAGCUAGAGCAACGCAUAUCCGAUGCCUUUUGUAUAUUCGAUCAUCAUGGCGAUAAGCGCAUCGAUAUACGUGAAGUUGGCACUGUUUUGCGCUUUCUCGGCUGUGUGCCCACCGAACAGGAGAUCAACGAAGUAAUUGCGGCAACUGAGAUGGAAGAAUCCGCUGGUGAUGUGCACCUUUCGAAAUUCAUGCCACAUGUGGCACAAUUGAUAGCGGAAAGAAAAAUGGAACCAGCAUCGCCAGAGAAAAUUUUAGCCGCCUUCAAAGUAUUAGAUCCCGAGGGGAAAACUUACAUAACCAAAGAGUAUAUGAGCAAAAUGAUGAUGGAAGAAGGUGAACCGUUCACACAGGAGGAGUUGGAUGAAAUGCUUGCUGUGGCCAUCGAUCCCAUCACAGGCAAUAUACCAUAUGAAUUUUAUAUUAAUCAAUUAAUGCAUGCACCUAAGAAUUCCAUAUAUGAGUUGGCUGAAAAAUAUUGGACUUUAAGGCCGAAAGAAAUGAAACGCGUUUCCAAAUGGGGCAGUCGCUUGAGUGUUAGAUAAAAAGAGAAAAAAAGGAAAAUACAUUUUAAUAAAUAUUUAAAAUCUUAUGUAAACGAACUUCAUAAAUUCAAGAAAAUAAAUAAUUAUUGUAUACUUUCAGGUCUAUCUAUAAAGGAAACACUGUAAAAUGGUUAUAUAUGUAAGCUGAAAACAACAGUAGCUUUCUUAUAAUCAUUACUCUUCAAUAAAAGUAAUAAAAGUAACCAGAA